AACUGUCAAAAAAGGGAAGGUCAAUCACCAGAAUUUUUAUGAUUCAUAACUUUUAUUACAUAUUUCUCUAAGUUUACUUUUGAUUUAAUGCCACUGCGUUAUCAAGAUGAUGAGUAUUAAGUUUUUAUCAGUGAUAUUUACAAAAUGAUACAUUCAUGAUUUCGCGUUUGGGCGUCAAGUUCGGUGCGCGUCCGCGGAGUGAGUGUUGUUAUGGUGUUUUGAAUGAGCAGUGGUGGUUGUAGGUGCAGCGAUGCCGUUCAGCCUGCUGUGCUGCGUGCGGCCGGGCGUGGAGGACGUGGUGGAGCUGGACUACGCGCACCAGUCGCUGUCCGACGUGCCCUCGGACGUGUUCGUGCACGAGCGCACGCUGGAGUCGCUGCUGUGCCAGUGCAACCGCAUCUCCGAGCUGCCGCGCCAGCUCUUCAUGUGCCACGGCCUCAAGCGCCUCGACCUCAGCGACAACGAGAUCCAAGCCAUACCCAUCGCCAUAUCCUCCCUGGUCAACCUACAGUACCUCAACAUCAGCCGAAACACUCUCACAUCCAUUCCUGACACUAUGAAAGCUUUGAAGUACUUGUGCUUUAUGGAUUUGAGUGUUAAUCCACUGGAAAAGCUGCCAGAUGCCAUAACAAACCUUAUUGCAUUACAAGAGCUUUACCUGAAUGAUACAUACCUUGAGUACCUGCCAGGAAACUUUGGGCGUCUCGCGAAUUUACGCAUUCUUGAGUUGCGCGACAAUUAUUUAAUGAUUUUGCCAAAGUCACUGUCCCGCUCAACUGAGUUAGAAAGACUGGAUAUUGGACAGAAUGAGAUUCAACAGUUCCCGGAAGUGAUCGGGAGAUUUACAAAACUGAAAGAAUUAUGGAUUGAUGGCAAUAGUUUGACCAGUAUAUCUGGUUUUAUAAAGCCACUAGAAAAUUUGAUUCAUUUAGAAGCUAGCAAUAACAUGAUUGAAGAGAUUGCUCCUGAGAUUGGAUAUUGCAUUCAAUUAGUAGACAUCACUAUGACAUCAAAUACAUUAACACAACUCCCUGAGAGUAUUGGAAACCUCAGAAACUUGACAACACUGAAACUAGACAACAACAGACUGUACUCAUUGCCAGAAAGUAUUGGCUCGCUGACAAACCUUGAAGAGUUAAUGCUUAUGUGCAACUAUUUAGAUAAAAUACCUUCUACUAUUGGCCUUUUACGGAAACUGCAAUACCUUAAUUUGGAUGAAAAUAUGCUCAGAUCAAUCCCUCCAGAGAUAGGCAGCUGCACUAAGUUGUCAGUUUUGUCUCUGAGAUCCAACAAAUUGACCAAAAUACCACCAGAAAUUGGUCAUUUAACUUCAUUGAGAGUUUUGAACCUUGUGAGGAAUUCCCUAAGUUGUCUUCCCCAAUCUUUGUUAAAUUGUGAUAAUUUGGUAGCCCUCUGGCUAUCUGAAAAUCAAAGCAAACCCUUAGUGCCUAUGCAUUCUGAAGUAGACCCUCAUACCUAUGAGCAAGUCCUUACAUGUUUCCUCUUUCCCCAAGUGCCUUUAUCCCCAAUUGACUCUAAAAUGGAAACAAAUGAUAAAACUGAAAAUGUUGAUACCCAAAAUGCUGCCCGUCACAUAAGCUUUGUUGACAUGAAAGCUACUCCAAAGAUACCUGAGAAGCCUGGGCAACUGCGAAGAGCCCCCACUCCAUAUCCCAAAGAGUUAAGGGCUCUAGCAAAACAUGCUAGAAACAUUCAUAAAGAUGGGACCCAGGAUAUAACCCCACCUAUGCAAAAUGCUGUUCAUAUCAAAGCAGCAAAAAUUACACCCACACUCCAGCAGAGAUUCGCUUCUGAUAACAAGAAGGAAAAUGAAAAUCCAGGCCAAGACAGUGCUGAUGGGGCCAACCCAGACUCUAUGACAGCAUCUGUAUAUGAUAAUGUUCCAGAAAAUGCUUAUGACAAACCAUUGGAUUUAAACUAUGACCAAGGUAAGACCUACAAGAGUGUAGAUCAUGCACUGUAUCCUGAAACAAAUGGAUCAACUGUGAAUGAGUAUCAAGAGAAGCAAGAUCAGUACAUGAGCCAACAAGCACUCUACAGCACAAGGCACAAUGAUACCUACUCAUCCAGACAGGAUAUCUAUAAAAGCAAUCCUCAGCACCCAAAUAUGUAUGCAAGAAAUGUGGAGCGUGAAAGUUAUCCCCCAGGGAACGAGUACCAUGGAGGCAAUGACUCGCAUACUAGACUCCAGAGACUGAGCAUCACUUCUCAAGACAGAAGGUCUAACAAUGAGCCCCCACUACCAACUCAUUACGAAGAUACUGCCUCAUUCAGUCCAAUGCCACCGAUUGAUAAUAGAACUGCUUACGAUCAUAUGCCGCCGAGGCUGGACCCGAUGCCUAAAAUGUGCCACAGUCACACGGUACCCGACGGGAAUUACCACGAGAGUGUGUACAAUAGCGACGCGUACGUUCGCGCGAAAGAAAAGAUGUAUGGCCAGCGAAAUUACGAUACAAUGACCUACGGAUACCACACACAUGGUCGCGACCUGCCGAGUCCCAGAGUGCCGACAGUGAGCCAGGUGGUGAGCUCCGCCACUAUGCCGAACAUCAGCAACUACAAUAACAUGUACCCGCAGCCCGACAUGGAGCACCACUACCCGCCGCCGCUGCACGUGCCGCCUAACACCAUGUACGGCGCGGCGACGAGCCCCACCUACGUGCCGUCUCAGUCGCCCGAGCUGUACUCGCCGACAGGUCAUACCAACUUGACCAACCCGUACCGCAUGACGAACACUCCGCUCGUGUCGGACGACGGUAGCUACAGCCACGUGCACUCGCCCACGAGCCAGAAUAUGUACGAGUUGUACGACGCGAUCCCGACGUCGUCCAACUCGCCGAGCGUGGCGGGGCGCCGCAGCCCCAGCCUGGCCUCGGAGUCGCUGUACGGCCGCCAGCCGCCGCCCUACCACAUAGCGGCGCCGUACACCAAGCACGCCCACUACUUCAACGGCUCCGGCGGAUAGCGCCCAGCCAACGCGGACACGCGUGAUGUUGUGUUCUAUUAUAAUUAAUUGACUUGUUGACAUCGUCAUUGUGCUAGUUACUGCAAGAGUAUGUGAAUCAAUAUGUGAUGGGUGUUUUUCCGUUCUGUUUCGUAUUUGCCUAUUUCUCUGGAUGUGCAAUUGAAAUGUGAUAAUAGGAUGCCGGAUGCAAGGGAAGGUGCUAAGCAUAUAAUGGACCCUAAAGUAAUGUUGGAAUUCAAAAGUUCUAUAAAAUAAGAAAGGUUGUUAUAUUUUUCAAAUUACAUCAUAAAUCUUGUCAGAAUUUAUUAAGAUUAAGGAAAAUCACUUUUGUAAGUACUAGAAAGUACAUGAUGUAACAACUAUGUUGUCUCAAUAAUUUGUACCUAAACACGAUUUUUUCAUGUGAUCUACCAUCAUUGAAAUUAUUAUGAGUAAGUAGCAUCAAUUAUUUUCUACUUAUAUGUAAGAAAACGUAAAAUGAUGGUAAUGCCAUAGUAUGAUUUGAUUUUAAGGUACUCCAAUUACUUAUGAAAUGAUUUCUAUUUUUACAGUACUGAUAUGUAACUAGAAAAGUAUUAAUGUUUCUAUUAAAGAUGCAUGAAAAACAUUAGGAACACAUACGGAUUUAUUUUGCAUUUAUAACUACCUGCUUACUUAUUGUACUUAGUUUGUUUAUGCUUAUUACAAUUAGAUUAAUUUCUGUUUAAAUAAUUUAGUUACAGAUAUCGAAUUAACUUGAAUAGCAUUACAAUACAAAUAUUCAAAUAAGAUUAAAUGAUGCACACAUUCUAGUCAAUAUUUUAAUUAUAUUUGUGUGGGAAUUUUUAAAUGAUGUAUUCCUACUGUAAGCCACCACAAAUAACUUCAAAUUUAGUGGGACCAUUUAAAAAUUAUUUACUUAAUUCUAUUACUGAACCUUUACAAAAUGUGUUAUUAAGUUUGGUUUUCUUAAAAUGAUUUUGUUGGUUCAUAAAGGUAUUUUUUUAUAGAAAUUACUUAUUCGGAUAGUAGUUGAAUAAUGGCACAAAUCUAAGUUGUUGAAUCUAGAUGUUAUAAAAUUAAAUAGGUAUAUAAAAUGUUGGCAUAAAAUAAUGUUUAAUCUUAAAAAAUAGUACAGGUUUAUUAAGAAUUAGUGGUUUACCUAAUGAGGUGUUAAAAUGUGAUAGGUCUACAAAUAUGUACCUAUAAGUAUAUUUCAUCUAACGAUAGCAUUGUACUGUCGGCAAAUUCCUGAUACAACAUUAACAUGAAUUGUUUAUGUACUUACCUACUUGGGCUUGAUCCCAUCAUCCUGCCAUUAUUUGUAUGUACUUACUGAUAUUUAUAUACCUACACAUACUAAAAACCAAUUUGUGCGCAAAUUAUAAUAUUUUUCUUAUCUACUUACACUCAGAAUGCAUGUCCUAAUAUUGG